AUGGAUGUUGUUCCCAGUUAUCAUGGAUACAUAGAAACGAAUGCGGAUGCACUGCUGCUGACACAAGCUGUGUUGGACGGAAAACUGAACCCCGUGACAAGGAGACCUUAUGAGAUCGAAAGGCCGCAGUUGAUAGUGUCGGGCAACGUGUUUGUAUUUAUCGAGGAGAAAUCGGGCAUUAAGCGGUGGACUGAUGGUGUUUCGUGGUCACCAUCCAGGAUAAUGGGGAAGUUUCUUGUUUAUCGGGAACUGGACAAGCAAAACGGUAGUGGUACUAGCAGCGCUUCUGGUGUGGGGCUUGUUUCUCCAACCUCUGGGGGACAGCGUAAGUGGAUGGAUUCAUUGGAUAUGCUAGAUGAUCAGCAGCGAAGUAUCGUUUCGAAGGCCCUAGUUGGGUCGUUGAAUAGCUCUUAUGCCUUUAAGCCUAGUGGACUUGUGAAAAAGACCAUGUCUAUUAAGCUAAAACGAACAUCGCGCGCUGAGACUAUCCAUAUAAUUUCGUAUUACACUGCUGAAGAUGUUGAAGCGGGAAAGUUGAUGAAACCAUCCAAUUCACCUUUCUUCAGUCAAAUUGAUCCCUGUAGGGAACUGGAAAUAGCGCUUGAGAACUCAUCUGUGGGGAAUUCACGAAAUUCUUGCGCGCAAGCGUCUGUUAACGUCACCCCCACAAGGACGGUCGGUACUUCUACUUUGGGGCUGAAGUCUUAUAUGUCAUCUGGGGUUUCCCAACCAGUAAUCGGCCCUCCGGUCUAUCAGAGCAUGCCUCACCAAAUUCCGUCGCACCACCAGCAUCUGACUCAGCAGCAAUUGCAGAGUCAGACACAACAGCAUCAGUAUUUCAGCAUGAAUUAUUACCCUAGUCUGCCUCAGCAUAGCUCACAAGCACAACUGUGCAAUAGAUAUAGUUAUUGCCCUCAGCCCAACCAAAAUACGCGUAUGAAACAACAGCAGCAACACCAACAGCAUCUCCAUCGUCAGGAGCAACAACAACUACAGCGACCUCAUUCAGGCUCUUCAGUCAUUACAACAGAUCUUUCGCAGAUGACGGCAUCGUCCGCUGCAACAAGUGCCCCUCAAUCUCAUGGAAACUUUUCAACUGGGUUACCUCAUCCAGGGACACUUUUUCCAUCAGAUCAGCAUAAGCCAACUGGCAUUCAACUACCAUUACCUUUUCCUCACAAUCCCCCGUCAUCUGGUCCAUCUUCAGCACCGUCUGUUACACAGGCUCGGCAAACUCAACCACAUUCUUCUAUCUCUUCCGCCGGUUCCUCUUCUACACCACCAUCAUUUGUAUCCUACCCCGGUUACAAUAUGCAACAAUAUGUGCAAGCUCAUGGUAUGUAUCCUGUUUCAAGAUUCGGUGUCGGUAGUGGGACGCUACCUUAUGCUUCUCAUAUGGUAGGAUCGUCAUCGUCUGCCGUAAAUACCGUUGAACAGCCGCUGUUUGAUUAUGCGCCACAACAAGGGAAAACGCAUUUGGGCAGUAGUUCUUCUUCCAAUACUAAUACCACUACUGGUGCUGGUGCCGCUAACUUAGUGGAUGAAGAGUGA